GUCUUCCCACCACCGUCUAUUAGAGCAGGUCCUGUCCGUGUCAGUCUGUCCGCACCUCUGACCCUCCGCCAUGGCUCCGCUGCUGCUGCUCCUGCUCGCGCUGAGCUCUCUGACUGCCGCGCUGCCCGCCGAGCCAGCGCCGCUGGUUCUCGGCGUCUACUACGAGGCGCUGUGCCCCGACUCGCGUGACUUUGUGGUCGACCAGCUGAACACCACCUACAGCCGGGUUCCGGAGAUCAUCACGCCGAUUCUCGUGCCCUGGGGCAAGGCGUCAGUGGAUGCCGACGGCGUCAUCUCGUGCCAGCACGGCGACGAGGAGUGCUGGGGCAACCGGCUGCUGGCCUGCGUGGCCGACGCCGUCAGCGCGGAGGCUGUCCGCGUGGGGGUCAUCUCCUGCCUGAUGGACAAGCAGCGCUCGCUGCACCGCGACGGGCCGGCCUGUGUGGCGGCGGUGGGUCUAGACUGGGAAGCGCAGACCGGCUGCGCCGCCGGUGACCAGUCGUACCAGCAGGCGCUCCAGUUCGGACAGCAGACGGACGCCCUGCAGCCGGCGCUGACCUUCGUGCCGACCAUCACACUGGACGGCAGCCAGGGCAGCGCCGACCAGCAGGAGGCCCUCUUCACCGACCUGCUCAACACGGUCUGCGCAGAGUGGCAGAGCCGCUACGGACAGACGCCCGACGGCUGCCUGUGACCGGUUGGCUGUCUGUGACAGGUCAUCUGCCAGGGACAGGUCAGCAGUGACAGGUUGGCUGUCUGUCACAGGUCUGCCCAAGGCUCUAAAUACAUACAAAGGAUCUGCCUUUCCAGACGAGCCUCUUACUUUUGACGGUCACUGCCUGUGAUCUGCCAUCGGUGUACCUUCGUGGGGAAGCAAGCCCUUUGUGGCGCUUUCUGACCGUUAAAAUGUGGCUCUGUUGAUCAUUAUUUUUUAUAAUACAUUAAUGGAAGCAAUCAAUCAAAUUGUUCA